AUGGAACAGGUGGACCAGAUGAAGGAUGAGAUCCAGAAUAUGCACUCUGAUGCCAUGUCCCGCCACGACAGCAAGCACCAGCGCUUCCUCGCGAAGCUCGACGCGAAGAGCGAGCACAAUCGCGACGUCAAGAAGUACGAGUGGCUUCGCACUAACUGCGAACAUGAGGCCUCCCAAGCCACUGUAAGCCAUCAGCGGCUGCAGCAGACCAAAGACGCCGAAAUUCGCCUUCGCGAGACGGAUAUCCGAGUCCACAAAGCACAUUCGUUGGUGCUCGAGAAAGAGGCAGAGACUCUUCGACUCAAAAUCCAGUACCACCAAAUGAUGCAGGCUGGCAAGGCCUCAUCAGAUGGAGGAGCUGGAUGA